UUAAUCAGAACUGUCGGCACAAACACCAGUUGGAGUUUCUUUGUAGGAUCAAAGGCAUUUUACUAGUGGCUUCACUGCUGAGAAUUAGGACCCUGCCUCCCUCCCCCAGCAACAAUUAACUGCCUAGUGCUACCUAGGAAGGGGUGGGGCUUAUGAGCUCCACCUCCCUCAACACGGGCAGGCUUAUUUUCUCUGCUAGUGGACUCAGGCUCACCCCGGGGCCCUGGCCUGAACCUUGCUGGUUUUGCUUUCCUGAGCAGCACUGGUUUCACCUGAUGCUGGUGGCUACUCCAUCGCUGGUACCUACGCAUGGUCCUGAGAAUGCCCAAGGCCUCAUCCUGGCUUGGUGUUCUGCUGCACCAUUCCCUAACCAAACAAAGCUUCUUGUGUGCCCACUAUCCACUGAGUGCCAAUGCCAGGCCUAGGGGUGGCUCUGUCCUAUUACCAAACAUCAAAAUUCAUGAGGAAACAGUCACCACAGUCAGGCAUGUGAGGUAAAAACAUCUACGACUUUUUGGGCAGAGGAAGCAGGUACCUGAGAAAGAUCUGAAGUGUUCAUAGUAAUCAAUCAAUGACAAAGGAUGCUCCUCUACAUGUAGCCCAGAGCCUGAAAGUAAGGGUACAUGUUGAACACCCUAAGGACUAGGCAAGGCAAGAGGGGAGGAGAAUGUGAAACCCCAGAAGGUCUUUGAUCAGCUCCAGAGGCCUCGGCCAAAACACUUUACCAUGAAUGAAGCACAGUUUUGAGUGUGAUGGAUGUGGUAGUGUGCACAUUUAAUCCCAACACUCAGGAGAUCUGAGUUCCAGGUCAGCUUGGUCUAUUAGCAAGCCGAGGUUGCAUAGUAAGACCCUGUCUUAGGACAAACAAAGAAAAGUAAUUUUGAGUGGGUAACCUCUGGAAAUGUGGGGCCAGGGGAGCUGGGCAGGGAAGCUGCUUCCACGCCUGAGACACACAACCUAUUAGAAGCCUGUCCAGAGGGGCUGGAGUGAGGUCCCGAGUGAAGGGCCUGUCUGGAGGCUUUCAGCCACAUUGCUGAAGAGUGUCCCAGUGUGGUUAGAAAGUAGACGCACCAGUUAACGUGUGGACUGUUCUCAGUGGCAACUGUUCUGUUUCUGUGACAUUAGGAAGUUUGGGAAGGUGACCGGGUGGAGGAUAGAGGGCAGGUAAAGGAGUUGGUAAGGGGGUAAGGGACCCUAAGGGAGGAGGAAAGGAAGAAAGGGAGGAGAGAGAGGGAGGGAGGGAGAGAGAGAAGAAGAAGGAGGAGGAGAAGGAGGAAGAGGAGGAGGAGAGGAAGGAAGGAAGGAAGGAAGGAAGGAAGAAAGGAAGGAAGAAAGGAAGAAAGAAAAGCAAGCAAGCCCGAGUAGGGGACCAGAUCCAGAACGCCAAGGGAGCUGGUCACCGGAUGGGCAUCUGGGGACACAAGACAAUUUGGCUUUGUCCUACAGUUGGCAGGACAAGGCAGACGGUGCCAAAGGACCAAAGGUAGAACUGGCAGUUGUAGGGACAGAGGCCUCAGUGAAGGAGAGCGCCCAACUGUCUGGAGCCUAUAAUCCUCUUGGGGGCAUUCCUGAAGGGAGCCCCAGAGUCAAUGGGCGCCUGGAGCCAGGGGACUCUCAGUGAAAAGAACCAAAGGAAGGAGGAGGGGCUGGACCUUGCCAUCCUUACGGGUGAGGCUACCUGGGUACAGGAUCUGUGCAGGGCGCCACGCUCCGCCCUCAGAAAAGUGGCUGGCAGGGCGGGGCACAAAAGCCUCUACCGAGGCCAGAGGGGUGGGUGGUGGGCGUGGAGGCAGGGGCAUCGUGGGGAGCAGAGGUGGGAACCCUAGCCGGUUCUGCUGGUGCCUGGUCACACCUCCCGGGCCCCACUCACUGGCGGCGCCCGCCCCUACCGUAGGAAAAAAUCAAACUGGACUGGUGGCUUCCGAGCCAAUCCCGGAGCAGAUGGGCCAGUUUCGACCAAUGGCCGCCGUGAAUAUUAAUGCGAGCUGACGCGGCGGCGAGAAGAGCCCCAUUCAAAAACCAGCAGCUAUUGUGGCGGGGCGCGCGUGCCGUGCAGGGCCCGCCUUCUGGGCUUGUGGGGGACCGACGCGGAUGGAAGCUGGGUGCCCAUGGCCGUGGCAGCGAUGGCCGAGCGUGGCCGCCUACCGCACGCCGCUCCCGCGCCCGGCACGGAGGGGCUGCCGCGAGCUUUCCUCCAGAGCCUGCGCACCCUCUUCGACAUCCUGGACGACCGGCAGCGCGGCUACGUGCACCUGCGCGAGAUCGAGUCCCGCUGGCAGGGAGCAGACGCACGCGAGCUGCCCUGCGGCGUCCUCGAGGGCUUGCGCCAGGUGGCCCCCGCCAAUGGCUACCUGACUUUCGAGCGCUUCGUGGCGGGCUUGCGCACCUCGCUGCUGAACGCCAACAGUGCCCCGAGGGAUCAGGCACGCGUCGCUCCCCGGUCUGGGGACCAACCUUCGCUGCAGCAGCGUCUGAUGUUCGUACCAGCCGACGAGCCGCGAACUGUCCUGGAGAGGAAGCCUCUGCCCCCGAGUGCGCGUCCUGCGCCUGCUGGUCCCACUGGCACCUCCCGGAACCCUGAGCUACUGUGUGUCCCCGCGGAGGCGGCACCCUGUCCCAAGGAGCCCGAGCGGCCCCUGAGUAAGACCCUGGAGCGGAGCCCGAGCGCAGACGCGGGUGAGCCCUUCCAGUGUGACACCCUGCAGAGAUAACCCGGCCUGCUUCUCCACCCAGGCAGAGGAGGUGCGGGAGCACCCAGCACAAGUGCUGAAGAAGGUGCAGCAUCCUGCAAGACCCUGGACGUAGGCACAGGUGAAGCUCGGCAGGCUCCACGGGCUCGAGGCGAACGUCGAAGGCAUACCAUCACCAACGGUGUGGACUGUGGCCUGUUGAAGCAGAUGAAGGAGCUAGAACAGGAACAGGAGGUGCUGCUGCAGGGCUUGGAGAUGAUGGCUCGCGGCCGAGAGUGGUAACAGCAGCAGCUGCAGCGUGUGCAGGAGCGUCAGCGCCGCCUGAGCCAGAGCAGCAGAUCCGGCGCUGACUUUGGGACUGCAGGGAGUCCCCUCCCUCUGGGGAGGUUACUGCCCAAAGUACAGGAGGUGGCCCGGUGCCUGGGGGAGCUGUUGACCGCAGCCUGUUCUGGCAGAGCUCUGCCCUCGUCUUCUUUGGGGCCCUUGGGCUCUACCUCUCCCUCAGCGCCAGUCUGGCAGCAGCAGACCAUCCUCAUGCUGAAAGAGCAGAACCGGCUUCUCACUCAGGAGGUGACCAAUAAGAGCGAGCGCAUCACUCAGCUGGAGCAGGAGAAGUCUGCGCUCAUCAAGCAGCUGUUUGAGGCCCGGGCUCUCAGCCAGCAGGAUGCUGGGCCUCUGGACUCCACCUUCAUCUAGCUGGUUGUACCUCGCUAGGAUGUGCACGCGGACUUAGCCCCAGUCCCGGACUUAGCCCCAGCUCCACGGCGCUGCUGUGAGCCUGUCUUUUGACUGAAGGUCUCAGCGCUUAGCCUCAGGGCCCUGGAGAGGGCACCUGCCUCCACUCUUGUCGUCUGGGCUGUCCUGAGGCUUGCCCCGGGCUGGCCUGACACCAUACAGUGGGUGCUGAUCGUAGUAGCGUUGUCAGGCCUGAAGCUUCUACUCCAUUGUCAGUGGAUGGCAGAGGACCGUUCCUCAUAUUUAUCUGGUUUUCGGCAGCCCUGGACAAAGAAGGGGGCAUGUUUACAGUCAUCCUGUCCCCUCUUGUAAGGCUGGAAUCUUUGGUAUUUAGUAAAAAGUACUGGUCACCUCUGAAGCUACAGAGAGACCCUGUCUGGAAAA